CCAGAUAAGCAGGGGAAGUAAUCUUUACUGUGUAUUUGGGGGUAUAGAAGGUUGGGAUAGGGUAUAAUAUUGUUAGCGCAUCUAUAUUUCAAUGGGUAGAACUAGAACUGGGAUCUAAUCCCCACAGCUGGUAAAUUCUCAUAGAAAUCCACUUGCAAGAGAUAUUAUAAAAGACAAGGAAAAUGCUUUAUAAAGAGCCAGUCCUUUGACACUGAUUCUCUUUCUUUGUUCUUGUCCUUCUUAAGCUUGCCUAAGCAAUCGAACCACAUCUUGUCUUGCCCCUAAAAAAAUAUUCCCCAACUUGCAGAACCCCACCACUCUCUCUUCUUUGGUCCUCCUGCUUAUAAGGGGCAGCUAUGACAAUCUCUUAGCAUACUAUCCCUUGACUUCAAUCUUCUCCCUUGACUGAGGUCGUCUCCACUUUCUUUCACUCUUAGUUCUCUUUCCCUUUUGUGGGUUCUCCGGUUCUACCUUGACACUAUCCCUUCUCACUAGCAAUUAAUUUUUGCACCUAACUCAGUUAAGCUGUGGUAUAGGCUAUCUCCUGCUCAGGAUUAACAUUCCUGUUUCAACCUCAAGAGACAUGGCAUCAAGCUCCCUUAACUCCUCUUGGACAGCUAAACAGAACAAGCUUUUUGAAAAGGCAUUGGCUGUUUAUGACAAGGAUACUCCAGACCGCUGGCAAAAUGUGGCCAAUGCUGUGGGUGGCAAAUCUACUGAAGAAGUAAAAAGGCACUAUGAUCGCCUUGUUGAAGAUCUCAUGUAUAUAGAAUCUGGUCAAGUCCCACUACCCAAUUACAAAGCCACUCGUAUCAACAAUGGAGGAAUUGGUGAUACACAAAGGCUUAUGAAGAAUUUAAGAAUCUAAUAUGCAAGCAUGAGUGUGGCCAAUACUACUACAAGCCCCUAAAGAAACAAACUUGGACGUGUACAAUGAACACGAAAAAUGCAAAUUAUUAUGUUUCUAUCGUCCCUAACCCUAAGUAUGUACUUACUAUAAUCGGUUCUCAAGUGAUAUACUAAAGAAGUGUGUUUUGUGAUCUGUCA